AUGGUUGACGAGAAGAAACCAGCUCCCAAGAAGGGAGGCAAGAAAUCCUUAAAGAAACCGGUAGCAAAGGGCGGCAAGAAGCGGCAAAAGUCGAGGAAGGAGAGUUACGCCAUCUACAUCUACAAAGUGAUGAAGCAGGUUCACCCCGACACCGGCAUCUCCUCCAAGGCCAUGAGCAUCAUGCACUCGUUCGUGAGCGAUAUUUUUGAGCGCAUCGCGGGUGAGGCUUCACGCCUGGCCCAUUACAACAAGCGCAGCACCAUCAGCUCCCGGGAGAUCCAGACCGCCGUGCGCCUGCUGCUGGCCGGGGAACUGGCCAAGCACGCCGUGUCGGAAGGGACAAAGGCGGUGACCAAGUACACCAGCUCCAAGUAA